AUGGAAGCAUAGUUUGCAGAUUCAUCUGCAAAGCUUACUGAGAAAGUGAAAAUGGAGUGCAUAUAUAUUAAAAAAAAAGCUGUGAUAAUCCAGACAUCCUGGAUGAAACUUAAUGUAACUCUUAGAAAAAAUACAGCUGUCUUGAGUCCAAUCUAUGGCAUACAUAUCUAAGACAAAUACAAUGGAAGAAUUUAUUUUGAAAAAAUGCCCUUCAUCAAGAGCACUUUGGAAGAUGAUGGUCUCCAUUAUAACAAAACUUUCUCCAUUCUAACUAAUCCAGAUGGAAUUUUGAAAAAGGUAAUAGAAACUACUCAUUCAACAGAUGCUUUUGAAGUGUCUGAGAAACAAAAUAAUCCCAUAUUUACCAAGCAAGGAUGAAAUGUUGCUUACUGCCCUGAUAAAAUUGGAGAUUCAUUGCAGCGAGUGAUUUGGGAAAGGAUUAAAGCAGAUUGGGUAGAUUUUGUCAUUCUGUGCAACUCAUCAGGAAAGCAAAGCUUUGGUUUAGAUUUCAAAGAAUGUACACCAGUGGAUUGUUCUGAUCAGGAAAACUCCAGGAUUGUCUUUCAAAACAUUACAGCCUCUGACUUUGUGAUGUACUUCCAUGGACAGUGGCUUCAUUGCCUGCCUGGGCAGAUUGCUUCAAUGUCUGACCACCUUUUCCUGGUGUCCAACCAGAACAUCCCUGAAGGGCUAAAGAACCCCAGUUCCUUCAGCUGCUCCUCAUAUGACUUACAAGAAGGAGAUGCUUUGGAAGGGGAGCCUGAGCUUGCAGGAGGAGAUGGGCAUUCUCCCAGAGAAGGCUCAAGGAGAAUUCCCCAUCAGCACAUUGUACUGCAGGGCCUUGGGGAUGAGACCUGUCCUCCCACAAAGGCAAAGAGCACACUCACAGCCAUAUUUCUCAUGUGGAAAUUUGUGAACUGGGCUCCACCUUAUUCAGCAGCUUGGGAUCACAAAUGGUUUAUUACCUAUCUAGCUGAAAGGAUUUCUGCUGCUAUUUUGGUGUUAGAUUUCCUACUGAUCUGCUGCAUCACCACUGCUUAUCACAAAAAAGAAAAAAAGAGGAGGAUCACAGAUGCUUUAUCAAAACCUCCUAACAGUUAUGGAAGAUCCAAUUUUCAUGGCAUACAGAGCAGAGAAAGAAGAGAAGAAUCAUCACUCAGGCAGACAGAGGAGAUUUAUGUCAACUGCAAAAAUGUCUCACACAAACAUAAGAAAAGAUCAUUAAGUUCUUUCUUAAGAAUGAAGCAAUCAAAGCACAGGCCUUUUAUUUACAGAAUAGACUUUAUUUUCUCUGUGCUGGCGAGAAGUGUAAGGUCAAACUGGCUGUGCUGGUACUGCCUGAACUGCUUCAGCAGGACAGUGAUGAGACUCUGGCUGUGAUGGUGUUGUAUUGCAGACUGCAGAGUUACCCUAUCCCUUAAUUCAUAUGCAGGAUUAGAGACUAUUUGUCCUUCUGCAAUAGAAACACUUUUUCCUAGUAGGUGGACUCUUAAGGAUCAAUUGUAGAACAGCUCUAAUAUGCAGAAUGGAGCUGCAUAUGUUUACAUAAAGUUAAUUUGGUCUGAGAAAUCUAUGUGUAUGAGAAGCCUAUGUGACAGGGUGAGAAAGAAAAUGUGUUUGAUGUUGUCUAUGUUCAUAGUUUUUGCAUCUCAAAUUGGGAGCUCUAUGGAAUAAUAAAUACCCAUGAUUUUCCACACAGGAGGUGUUAUUUUGCUGCUGGGCAAACAGCGCUAUUCAGCUGACAAAAGCAAAUGUAUCAGGGCUCCUUGAACCUAGAUUUAAAAGUAUGAACAGCAGCUUGGUAUCUGACAGCUUUGUGGUUUUACAGCCUUCUUGCCACUCACCAUAGCA